AUGGUCAAUGUAUUUUAUGUUCCAGUGUUCUUCAUCGUGUUUCGAGAAACACUGGAAACAAGCAUUAUUGUUUCCAUUUUGCUCGCCUUUCUCAAGAACCAGCUUGGCCCUGAACACGAUGUCCAAGUCUACAAAAAGCUGAGGAAGCAGGUCUGGAUAGGGACUCUCUUGGGCCUAGUAAUCUGCAUUAUCAUCGGAUGCGCUCUGAUCGGCGUAUUCUACUCCCUGGGCAAGAAUGAAUGGGAAAAGGCAGAAGCCCUCUGGGAAGGUGUUUUUGCCCUGGUUGCCUCUAUAAUCAUCACUUUGAUGGGGGCCGCCUUACUUCGUGUUUCAAAGCUCCAGGCAAAGUGGCGCGUCAAGUUGGCAAAGGCUUUGGAAGCCAAGGAAGAUGAUAGUCGACGGAAAACACUCUGGGGAAGGUUCAAGAUCUGGUGCGAAAAAUACGCCAUGUUCGUGUUGCCUUUCAUCACCGUGCUGCGCGAAGGCCUAGAAGCGGUGGUAUUCAUCGGAGGUGUCAGUUUGGGCACUACAGCGUCAGCAAUCCCAAUACCCACCGUCGUCGGACUGGCUGCAGGUGCUGCGGUUGGAUAUAUGAUCUACAAAGGAGGAAACUUUGUGCCCAUCCAAAUAUUCCUCAUUGUGUCGACCUGCUUUUUGUACCUAGUUGCAGGAGGACUGUUCUCUCGAAGUGUGGGGUUCUUCGAACAGUAUAAGUGGAAUAUGGUCGUAGGAGGCGAUGCGGCUGAAACAGGAGUAGGUCCCGGGUCGUAUGACAUUCGAUCCAGCGUUUGGCAUGUCAACUGCUGCAGCCCUGAGUUGAAUGGGGGUGGUGGCUGGGGUAUCUUCAAUGCUCUUCUCGGAUGGACUAAUUCUGCAUCCCUGGGUACAGUAUUGUCGUAUAACUUCUAUUGGAUUGCAGUUAUCAUUGGAUUUCUUUCCAUGAUAUAUUAUGAGAAGAGAGGUAGGUGGCCGUUUCAGAAAGGCAGCGCAAAGCGCGACCUCUCUAUCUCCGACAACUCGAGCACCGAGCAUCCUACUGUAGGGAAGGGCCCGUAA